AUGGACCACCACCCGAUCCGAGCACAGACUCAACCCCAACCAAAGAGCGAGCGAUGGGCUCCCGAAAUCUACGUCCACUUGGAGUUCAGGGUCUCAUGGGGCGGCAAGAAACAACAGCAACAGCCCUCCAAGAACCACCAGAUCACCUUCAGAUCCCGCGGCCCACGCGAAAGGUCACCGGCAUUCCCGCGUCAAGUCCCCGCACCCAACACCAAUUACCUCGCCGCCAUCCACAACUUCGACCAGAGGCAAGCCAGAGUUCGCGAAACCCGCCAGAACAACCCACACAGGCAUCACCAGAUGCAGGAGUAUUACCAGGGAGAGCAACUACGGGAACAGCAACGGCAACAACAACGACAACAAUCACGGCAGCCACCACGACAGCAACCACCCACGCAUCUUCAAGUACCCAUCAUCCGGGAACCAGAACGGCCAACAAGGGCCGACACCCGCUCAUCAUCACACGAGCGAGGCCGCUCGGCCCCGCCUCCCAUCGGUGAGAACCCAUGGGAUGUGAACAUCCCCCACCUCCAGGCAAGGAAUUCGGAGAUGACCCCUUCGGACCGCCCGACGGAAAUCAGGCGGAAACCACUGCCGGCCCCUCCAUCACAGUUCCGCCUCGGCGAUGGAGGACAACCAUGGUCGACAUGGUCCCUACCAGACGGCUACGACCCAGACACCCACCCGAAGGACGAGGAGGACUACGGAGACUACGACACCUACGAGGACAUCCCGGUCAUCUCGGAGCCGGGCGACCGAAACUCGACGACAUACGCCACGAAUCCCACCAUGGUCUCCACCUUCUCGCCCGAGCCCACCACCUUCAUGACCGAGCCCACCAUCACCGUCUCGCAGGAACCAGAACCCCGCGCGGCGGCGGCGGCGGCGCCCGUGCGGGCCCGCGACGUGGAGACGGGCCGGGCCAAGGAGCUCGGCGCCCUGUCGGCGGCCAUGAUGACGGUCGACAACGGCUUCGAGACCCAGUGGUGGAACCAGGGCCAGCGCGACACCGUCUUCAGCGGCACCACCGACGACCCCACCACCCCGGACGAGAGCCCCAUCCACCGCUGGUCCACGGGGCCCAUGUCCAUGUCGUCCACCGCCAGCCCCGUCGAGGCCCGCCUCCCCGCGGGCGUCGUCUCGCCCCUGACCGAUGCGGCCUUCAGCCCCGCGCAGGUGCCGGCGUCGCUGCUGCAGCGCACGCUGUCGACGCGGUCCGAGGAGCUGUGGUUUCGUGAGGGGAAUCAUUAG